AACAAAUGAAAAGGAAAUAUGAGGCUCGAAUUUUUGCGUAAUGCUGACGUGUCACUGAUUGGCAAGAACCUUACCUCACAUAUACCACUUAAAUUGAUCACAACCCUCUUAUCCUUGACGCGUGAGGCUCGAGGCUUGAGAAUUAGAGCAAUGGAUUCGCAGUCCCAGAGCUCUUCAAUGGCCUCUCUUGCCUCCCAAAUUUGCAAUCACAUAGCCUCCAUCUUCACUAAACCAACCCACCCACACCCGCCAGUCUUAGACCUUUUGGUCAACGAGCUGUCUUCUGCAGCGGCCCGAAACGGCGGCGUCUUCCUUUACGGAGUGGGCCGAGAGGGCCUAAUGCUGAAGGCUCUGUGCAUGCGGCUGGCCCACCUCGGCCUCUCGGCUCACAUGGUCUUCGACAUGACGACUCCCCCAAUCUCCACAACCGAUCUACUCAUCGCCUCUGCGGGCCCAGGUGGAUUCUCCACCGUCGAAGCCAUUUGCUCCGUGGCACGAUCGCACGGUGCUAGAGUCCUGCUGCUAACUGCCCAGCCGGAGACGGGAUCCUGUGUGGCACACGCUAGCGUGGUGGGUUACGUGCCAGCGCAGACCAUGGCAAAUGAUGCGGAUGCUGGUGAUGUGAUGGAAUCUCGGCCGUUACUUCCGAUGGGGAGCGCGUACGAAGGGGCUUUGUUCGUGUUGUUUGAGAUGGUGGUGUAUAAGUUGGCUGAGGCCUUGGGUCAGACCUCCCCUGAGGCCAUACGAGCUCGCCAUACCAAUCUCGAAUGAAUGAAUGAGAUUGGAGUUGGACCCACCAAGGGCCGUAUGUUAUUUGGGCCUACGGCUCUCGGCCCAAAACAAAAUAAGCCCAUGGCUCACUUUGUAACCAAGAAGAAUAUAAAUAAAGCACAAGAUAAUUUCAGCUUUAA